UCCCAGUCCAAAAAAAAAAAAAAAAAAAAAUCCAAAGGACCCUAAGAGUCUUUCUAAUGCUUAUGAGGGCUGGAAAGGUGGAAUCUAACAGUUAAGAUGUACUUAGAGAGUAAGUGCCUUCUCCAGAGGGCAUGUUUGGGUUUUAGACUCUGUACCCGUGGUUGUGGCCAGGUGGGGAGGGGCCUAUACAAUGGAACAGGUGCACCUGUGUAUGUGUGAAGUGGUGUCGGGCCGGGUGCACACAUGCGAAGUCCCCUGUGUCUCUGUAUGCGGUGCCAUGUGUGUGGUUCAGCUCUUUCUCAGCUGAGACACCUGGGUUUCGGUUUGGUGGCCUUGAAGGGGUCCCUCAGACUUUCCUGAACCUGAGUCUCCCCUGCUUUUCAGUUAGUAAGUUGUGGCGGCUGAUUCCUAAGGUCUCUUUCAGCUCUGCCUUGCUCAGUGCCCAGCCUGAGCCUGGGGAUUUCUGCUGCUCGUUUUACCGUCUAAUUUGGUUUCUGGGUGUCUUCGCUCCUGUGGGCCAGCCGCUCCGCACAUCAGCUUCUACACCUGAGUUGUGACUCAGUGAAGAGCUUGAACUUAGCUUUUCUGGAAAUAGUGUGUCACUCACUGGAAAGGCAGGAAGCUUGAGCAUGAAACUCGCUUUAAAAAAAAAAAAGAACACAGCAAGAAACCACAGGGCCUAUCUGCCUGUCGUCAUCAAGCAGACUAGAAUAGUGCAGAAAACCCUAGGCGGAGAGGAAAUGAACUUGAGAGAAGGGGGAACGCAGGCGGAGAAGAGAGAGGAGAGGAGGAGGGCCGGAGCCUCAGCAGGAGCUGGGGAGCCACAGCAGGAGCUGGGGAGGCCGGGUGGCGAUGGUCAGAAUGGAGGAGAUGGCUGUGAAGCAGGGUUCUCUGCAUCUCCAGCAGCAGCAGACUUUUGGCAAGGGGUCCCCUGCAAGGAAUUUGCUGUGACCAUGAGACCCACAGAAGCCAGUGAGCGGUGCCGGCUCCGGGGAGCCUAUACUCUGCGAACAGGGGUGAGCGCCCUGGAGCUGUGGGGAGGCCCCGAGCCAGGCACCCAGCUGUAUGACUGGCCCUACAGGUUUCUUCGGCGCUUUGGGCGGGACAAGGUGACCUUCUCCUUCGAGGCCGGCCGGCGCUGUGUCUCUGGAGAGGGCAACUUUGAGUUUGAGACCCGGCAAGGCAACGAAAUCUUCCUGGCCCUGGAAGAGGCCAUUGCUGCCCAGAAGAACGGUGCCCCUUCUGGGCCCCCACUUGCGCCAGCCACAUCGCCUGCAGUGCCUACCGAGCUGCCCCGGCCCGAGAGCCCCUACUCCCAGCCCCAUGACUCACUCCCACCACAGCCUCUGGCCAGCGCACGGGCACAGCCUGGCUCGCGGCCCCCCGAGGGGGAGUACGCCGUGCCCUUUGAUGCGGUGGCCCGCUCCCUGAGUAAGAGCUUGCCGGGCAUCCUGGCAGGCCCUUCCCCUCUCCUGGCAGACCCUUUGUAUGACAGCAUCGAAGAGCCCGCGGCCCCUGCGCCCGACCACAUAUACGAUGAGCCUGAGGGCGUGGCCACCCUGUCCCUGUAUGACACCCCGCAGGAGUCCCGGGGGCAGGCAUGGAGGAGGAAGGCCACAGCACAUGGGGGCCCCAGUGACCCCCAGAAGGACUUUUCUGUAUUGGGCUGGCCACAGGGGACUGAGUAUGACAAUGUUGUACUUAAGAAAAGCUCAAAAUGAAGGAGGCGUGCAGGAGUGUGGCCUUGUUAAAGUGUACCCCAGGGGGGGAGUCAGAGGCCAGGGAGGAGGAGGGCUGGGAAAGGCGAACCUCCUCUUGCAACUUCUACUAGCGAGUCCUCUGGCCACUUCAAGGGACCCCUCCCUCUGCCUCUCCCAGAGCCCAGGCUUCUUGGCCAAUGAGCUGUCCCUCCCAGAGCCCUCUGAGUGAAUCACCAGCCCAGAGCAGGAAGAGGGCCUUGAAGAGACCCACCCUCCUCCUACUCCUUUUCCACUUCCCCCUCUCUUUCCUGGCCCUAAAGGGAGCCUGGGUUAUUUGGGGCAGAGGACAAAAGCAUGUCCACAAAUCGCCCUGGUUGAUGUCCCCUUCUGGGGACAGCCCUGGUCCCAGGUCCCCAGGGGAUGACUGCAGCUUUCUGCAGGUUUCAGAUUUCUCUGUGGCAUUAAAAUGUUUCUGAUGGA